AUGUUGAAACGCGCUGUGGCCAAGGUCACAGGAGACUCGAAUGGCGAAGAUGGACACUCCAAGAGCUCCAGCAACCCCGCAAGUGGUCAGACCACUCCCGUUCAGCCACCCUCGGCUCAGUCCACCGUAAACUCGACUCAAAGCGAAAACACGGAUAAGAAAUUUCGUCUCUCGCACAUCUUCUCCGGUCAUACUCUUCCCGGAACUCGUAGAUCCACCUCGCGAGGUGUCAGUCUCGAUGAACCACGUCCAAGUGCCAUCAAGAGGGCUCAAAAGGUCGAGGAAAAGGAGCGAAAGGCCAUUCAGCAAGAAAAGGUCAAGGAGAAGAUCGCCAUGCUCCGUCGUCAGUCCGAUCUUCGUGCUGCUGCCAUCGAAACUCCCGAGCAGCGUGCUCGCUACGGUGAACAGUACCCCGAAGAAUGGAACAAGGAACACGACAAGUGGGCCCAUAUCUUUACCAUCUGCGACGACAACAAGAUUGGCGAUACAGUCACCCUCCGUGCUCGUAUUCACACUAUCCGCGAUGUCAGCUCACACCUCGUCUUCAUCGUGCUGCGACAGCAGAUCUCGACCAUUCAAGCUGUUCUGGCUGAAGAAACCGACGUAAUUACCGGUCACAUGGUCCGAUGGGCUAAGCGAUUACCCCUCGAGUCCAUCGUGCUGGUACGCGGUGAGCUGCAAAAGCCUCGUGAGCCCAUCACUGGUGCUACCACCGAGCAGGCCGAGAUCAAGGUCCAGGAGCUCUACCUCGUGGCUCCUCCCAAAGAGACGCUCCCCUUCAACGUCUACGACGCCGAUCUCGUCCUCAAAAAGAGCGACGGCCACGAAGGCGAAGAUAGCGGCAGUCACGGCGCCGACUCGGACGGCGAGGGCGCACCCCGUGACGAGAAUCACUCGAUCGAACGUCACGAGGGCCCCGUCAUCACUCAGCGUGUCCGUCUGACCAACCGCAUAAUCGACUUGCGAACACCUACAUCUCAAGCCAUCUUCCGCAUCAACGCUGCCAUCUGCAAUAACUUUCGCGCUCAUCUCGACAAGAAUGGCUUCAUCGAGAUCCAUACCCCCAAGUUGCAGGGUGGUGCUUCCGAGUCCGGCUCGAGCGUCUUCAUGCUUGACUACUUCGGUCGACCUGCCUUCUUGGCACAGAGUCCGCAGCUGUACAAGCAGAUGUGUAUUGCUGCUGACUUCAAGAAGGUCUACGAGAUCGGUCCCGUCUUCCGUGCCGAGAACUCUAACACGGCUCGUCAUCUUACCGAAUAUACGGGUCUCGAUAUCGAGAUGGAGAUUGUCGACUACUACGAUGCCAUUCGGGUCAUUGACGGUAUGCUCAAGAGCAUCUUUGCUGCUCUCAGGGACAACUUCAAGCCCGAACGCGAGCUUAUCAAGCGCCACUUCCCGCACGAAGACCUUGUCUACCCGGAAGACACGCUCAUUCUCCCCUUCGCUCAGGGUGUUCGCAUCUUGCGCGAGUCAGGCUACGUCGAUGAGGAUGGCAGCAUGCCCAAGGAGGACGAGGACUUGGCCACUCGUGCCGAGAUUCGCCUUGGUGAGCUGAUCAAGGAGAAGUACAAUACCGACUAUUACAUCCUCGACAAGUUCCCCACUUCGGUUCGACCGUUCUAUGCCAUGGAGGACAAGGAAAACCCUAAGGUGACCAACUCGUUCGACAUCUUCAUCCGAGGUCAGGAGAUCUGCACCGGUGGCCAGCGUAUCCAUGAUAUCGAAGAGCUCGAGAAGAAGAUGCAGCGUCUUUCCAUCUCUUCGAAGGGCAUGCAGGAUUACCUUGAGGGUUUCGGACUCGGUGCACCUCCUCACGCUGGAUGCGGUAUCGGUCUUGAACGUUUAGUCUUCCUCUACCUCAACUUGGGCGAUGUUCGUCUCGGCACUCUAUUCCACCGUGAUCCACGCAGUUUGCCGCUUCAGAAGAACGUCGAAGGCGAGCUGCGUCAUCCUGAGGCCAGCACCAACCCUCCACCCUGGAAGCACCCUCGUCUGACACUCAAGGCCGAUGGCGAGAGCGAUCUGCGCGAUAUGCAGGCUCUUGAGAAGCUCAUCGCCAACUACGGUGAUGCUUCCAACACCGCCUGGCUCGAUGAUCGAUACAAGGUGUGGCGACACCCUGAGACGGGUGCUGCUGUCGGCUACUCUCCCUUCAAGGGCUACGCCAUGAUCGUCGGUGAUCCUCUGUGUGACAAGACUCAGAUGACCCAGGUAGUCUCGGCCUUCCUCCAGUACAUCAAGAAAGAGGCCAAGCUGAAGCCCAUCUGGAUGAUGGUGUGCGAAGAGGUCGAAGAGAUCUUAGGAGGCAGGCUCAACUGGUGCACGCUCUCGGUUUUGGCGGAAGAACGUGUUGACGACCUGGCCAAGAACCCUGCGCGUCGCGAUCCCGACAUCCAGAAGAAGGUGCGACACGCACGCAAGGAGGGUGUCAAGAUUGAGGACUAUUCACUCAACGAGAAUGUGCCUGACGAGGUGGUGCACGAGACCGACGAGCGCAUCGAGGACUGGCGCAAGAACCGCAAGGGUGAACAGGUGCACAUGACCGAUGUCCACCCUUGGAGAGACAUGUCGCACCGAGUUUACUACAUCGCCCGCGAUGCGUCCGGAAAAGUAUGCGCAAUGGUGGUGCUUCACCAGCUCUCGCCUCAGCACGGAUGGCACAUCAAGUGGGCGCUCGACUUCCCUGGUGCUCCCAACGGUACCAUCGAGCAUGUUAUCCUGCAUGCACUUGAGAACAAUGCAGGCAGCAAAAUGACUUUCGGUGUCUCGGCUACUUCGACUUUCGUCGCCAAGCACGGCUUGAGCAAGAUGACUACCAAGUGGCUCACCAAGGCUUAUGCAUCGAUUGCGGAACACAACCGAUUGACCAACAAGGGCGAGUUCAGGCAGAAGUUGGGUGCGGUCGAAGACAGGGUAUACAUCUGCUACCCACGACACGGUCUUUCACCAGCAGGUAUUCAGGCUAUUGUUGGGUUCUUCAAGCAGUAA